AUGAGGAAGGGGAAAGGAAUGCAAAGGAUCAAAGGCAAGAACAAACAACGAAGCAAGCUGAUCAACCAGACAAGCAGGAGGGGAGUCAAUCCAGGAGAUCACAACAAUCGAGCAAGGGAGGAGUAUCAUCACAAUUUUCCCAAAAUUUCCAAUAAUUACUCAAGGUAUGAAUCUAAUCCCCAAGCUGAUAGAAAGAACAAGCAGGGUGAUCAGGGUGUUCACGUAACUACUAGGCAGCCUACUAACCAAAAGCAAGGUCAACUUCCUAAUAACAAUAUUAAAAAUGAUCAAAGCUUGGAACCUGCUCCUUACACUGUUGUACAGUCCUUUGCUGCUAGACUGAGGUAUAACCAAGCUAAAAAUGAAACUCCAAUUGUGUUGAAUGAGCCUGUCCAUAGAACUAGACAAGGACUCCAUGCUAUUUUAAUAGAGGAGGAAGAUUAUUAUGUUAAAUUGGCUGAGAUUUGCAAGUAUACUCUUGUGGAAAAGUUUACUAACACAAUGCCUAGAAUGGAGCAAUGCAAACAUCACGGCCACAUGGAUGAAGACUGUACAAUUAAAAAAAGGGAUGAUGACUUCAAUAAAAGAAAGGAAAUGGAGGCUGGAAAAAAGAGUAAAGAGCAGCCUGGAAAUAAAAACACUCAAGAACAGGAAAAAAUGACAAAUGAGAUUGCUGGAAGGAUACAAAAUCAGAAAAGCAGGGAGGUAAACCAAAAUCUGCCAAAGAAACAACUUACAAGACAUCAACAAGAGAAAGACACCUACAGCCAGAAUGAAACAGACCGGCAGGCUGAAUUACAGGAAGAACAGUGGCAGACUCAAAGGAAAAAACAACACAAAAACCAGGAAACUAAUAACUCUAAGUUAGUGUGGAGACAAGUUUCACCACAACCACAAAGAGGCAGAAACAGCCAACAACAGGAACAAGAAACAAAAGGUAUAACUUCUAUCCCAACUCAGAAUAUUUUUUCUAACCUUGGAGUGCAGGAACAGAAGAAAACAGGAAAUACAGAGACAGAACACAACAAUGGAAUCCAACAAAAACAAGGAGUUAACAACAGCUCAGCUGCAACAAAAAGAAACAGCAUAAACAAUGAACAAAAACAGCAGGCUGUUGCAGAUCAUAAACACAAGACCCGAGGAGAUAGCCUAUAUCUUGCAGGAUGGGGUUAUAAUUUGCCUCAUGUUAUGCAUGAGGGGUUGGAAUCAGACCUUAGUACAGACCAUAGAGCCUCUAAUAGUGCUGAAAACAGACUUCAACAAGGGAAACAACAGCAACAUCAACAGCAUGUACAAAAUAGAGACAACAGCAAACAAACUGCCAAUGAAAAUAAUGAGAAACAACAAACUGAAAAAACGAAUGAAAAAGAUCAAGGGAAACAACGUGAUACAAUUGCUACUUACAUCACUCCUAACAAUAGUGUUCAUAUUCAAAGCUUCAAAGUGCAGCUAAGCAUGGAAAAUGCUAUUAGCAACUGUAAUGGUAAGAUUUGGGUUUUCGGGAGCAGUGAUAUUGAAUGUAAUAUUCUUGAUGAAGUUUAA